ACUCUAGCUUGAUGCUGCCACCACCUGCCUCCUGCCGUCUUGCCCGUGUAGAUAGUAAUGCGAACCCAAGGAGGGAGCCAUGAGGUGUCCAGGGUCCCCACCCCCUCCUCCAACAAUCCUCUAGCUUGGAAUAGCUUUCUGGUGAAGCGGAUGCAGGAUGCUGCAGCCUGAAGGCCUCUAUGCCUUGGAGGAGGGGACAGCCCUGACAGCCUCACGGAAUGACUGCAUCAUCUGCUACUCUGCCUAUGACCUCUCAGUACACUUGCCUCGACGUCUCUACUGUGGCCACACCUUCUGCCAGGCAUGCAUGCAGCGGCUGGAUAUGCCAGCCCACGAACAACACUGGAUCCCCUGUCCACAGUGCCGACAAAGUACCCCUGUGCCCCGUGGAGGGGUGACCAUGUUGGACCUGGACCUGGCUGCCUUCUUGGCAGUCAAAGCUGAACGGGAACCAUCAAAAAUAGAACCCAGGUCCUCUGUCCCCCUCAAAAUCAGCACUACCAUCACUCAGCAGCCAGCUGGACUCUACCCCACCUUGGGCCCCCAACCCCACUUCCCUCAGCCUGGAUGCUGCUGCUGGGGUUGGGGAAGACUGUGCUGGUACCCCCCUGGGAACCCCGAAGUCUAAAUUCUGGCCAUCCCCACCCCCACAAAGGAAACUCUGCUUAGUAGUUUGUCUACCUUGGAUCGUACACAAUGCAAACAGAACAGCCUGCUAGCAAGACAACUCUCCUAUGACUGUACACAACCAAAUAUAGUGGUGUCACCUUGACCAGGAACAUUUCGAGCCAUAGCCUAAGGUCAGAGUCAAUGGCCAUGGUGCCAUAAGACUGCACACUAGGCUGGGGAACUCCCAUUCUACUGGCCUAGAUUCUCGUACCCCAAAGUAGUCUGACUCUGGCUAGCCAACAUCCUGCUGUCUAUGCCUCUUGUAAACCCAGGACUCAGCUGAGAGAAUGGCUCCCAAGAGUCUGUGGGGGUGAGUGUAUGGGCCUGGGCAGGGCCAGGCUAUGGGUGUAUGUAAGUGGCUGGCAUCAGAGUAGGUCUUCCUCUCUAUAAACAUCCAGAGGUAUGAAUCAGGAGCGAGGGCAAGUUGCCUCCUCUAUUCCUGGAGUCUCAUGUGUUACUGUCUAUCCAACAAUGCUCACUGAGCUCUGUUCUCUGUCUGCAGCACAGGUACCAAAGAGGGGUGCAAUGGAGGGCUAGCUCUGACAAGGGGUCUUGACUGAGAUCUCACUGCUCAUUAUCCUAUCUCAAGACUCUCAGCUUUCAUCUACCACUGGUGACUAUAAUACAGACCCUUUAGUAGGUGAUAGAGGCUACAGAUGACUGACAACCCCAAGACCAAAGCUGUAAGCUUCCAUCCUGCUAGAAAGGCUGUAUUCAGGAGGCCCUGGGAGGAGCCUCCUGGGCAGUGGAUGGGAGGCUAGAGAAUUUGCUGAAUAGACAUUAAGAAGACUCCUUCCCUGGGCAAAGUCCCUCAAGCAGCUAGGUUGGGCAGUGAGCAGAGAAGGCUGCUGGAACUUGCAGGGGAGGGCCUAGUCCUCAUCCCAAGGUCUGGAAAGGGCCUGAUCCACAAAAAGGGACAUUUCACAUGCAUGUGCAGACAGGACAGUGCUCAACUGGGAAAAGAUACUCAGAUAAGGGUCGGGCAAUGAGCUCUGCCCACCUCUUUCCAUGCAGAUAGAGACUCCAAGUCCUGGACCCCCUGCUGGGCUCCCCAGAAAGCCCUUCUAGAUCUGGCCCCACCCUUAAACUCAGAUUUGAAUCUGCUGACCUCAGAGCCUCCGUGCAUUCCCAGGCCACCUGAGGAAAUCCAUCUUCCACGCCCACCUGGUGCAAAGGGCUUCUCUCUUGUCUCUCUGUCAGGUGCUGAGAUGAACAUGAUAAGGUUUGCAGAGUUCGCAACCCAGAAGGACGGAGAAGGGCAACUUUCUUGUGGGGUUUCUAGGCAGCCCCAGCCAGAAUGACAGCAUCCUGCCUGGGUGGUGUAGAAUGUCCAUUAAAUGUAUCCAAUGCCUA